GCACAGUAUCGAACUUUGUAUUUCAGAUUACACGUUUGCAAACACGAAUCAGGCAACGAUGGCGAACGAAGCAGAGUAUUUCUUCACUCCUUAUGCAUUAAUGUUGAUACCAAGAAAAUGUCAUGACGAAUUCUUCGUGAAGUUCAACUUCUUAGACGUUCCAUGUUUGAAAAUUGCUUUGGCAAAGGCUCUUGGUUAUGGAAUUGUUAUUGGAUCUGCCAUGGUAAAAAUACCACAAAUUGUAAAAGUCCUCCAAGCAAAAAGUGUUGUUGGCCUUAGCUUGCUGUCAAUCCUCAUGGAGAUAAUCUCACUUCUGUUCUCGGCAGCUUAUAGCAUUGACAAAGGGUUUCCAUUCAGUGCCUGGGGAGAAUCUUUCUUGAUGGGCCUGCAAGAUGUGCUGCUUGUUGUCCUGUACUUUUAUUACAGUGGCCAGUUUCGUUUCACUUUCUUGUUUGUGCCAGCAUAUGCUGCUUCCUUUUAUGUCUUAGGAUCAGGCAUGACUCCACUUUCAGUUCUUGAGAAAUUGCAAGCAUGUUGUAUUGUCAUGCUGACAGGUAGCAAGCUGACACAAAUUGUUGCAAACUUCAAGAACGGACACACUGGGCAACUGUCUGCAAUCACUGUGUUUCUUCUCCUGGCUGGCAGCUUAGCGCGGAUCUUCACAACAAUUCAGGAAACAAAUGAUAUCGCAUUUUUAAGACAGUUUAUUGUUGCUUGUGCUCUUAACUGCAUCCUUUGGGGACAAAUUCUAUACUACUGGAAUGUAAAAGUGGACAAGCCGAAAAAAGCUUAGAAACUGAGAAUACUUUCUAUUGUUUAAGAGAUUAGUAUGUUUUCAUCAUAUCAUAGUUGUUGAUCAUUGAACCGUUGUUUCUUUUUUGUUAUAGUGUGUUGACAGUUGUAUCAUAGACUGCAUUUGCUAUUGUUAAAGCUGAUGUUAUCAUGAAUUUCACCUUGGAAAGUCUUUUAUAACUUAGCAUUUUAUAACUUAGCAGUUAGCAUUUGGUAGUUAUUUAAAUCUCUUCAGUUCAUUCUUAGAUUAUACAAAUGAAAGUUUUUGAUUUUAAAGUUUUAAAUAAAGUGUUGAAAAUAUGUGUUCAA